AUGGGCCGUGGCCUGCGGCUUAUGGAACAGAACGGCCACGGCUUCAGGCUAUUUCUGGACAUGCAGAUCAAGCUGGUCGAUCCUCAAGGCUUAGAUUUUACGCGUAUCAAAAUCCCAAAGGAGCCUCAACACUCAAACCUGGCUGCUGAUGGUUUUACUCUGUGCAGUGGCGUCAUAUGUCUUGGUGAAGCAAGAGGAAACAACCAGACCAUUCUUAAAACCAUGGUUUUCUCUCGCAAUAAGUUAAGAGCUUUCGUCUCACUCACUCUACUCUCUGCGGCUAAAGCGAGCCCGACUUGUAACUCCAAAAUUCAAUGGGGUGACUGCGGCGAGGACAUCACGAACAUCACCGAAGCACUUGGCGGCCUACCUGUGCAAUGUGGAACUUUGCAGGUGCCCCUCGACUAUAGGUUUCCAAACUCGACCGAAAAGCUUUCGUUAGAACUGGCCCGAGUGCCAGCCGUCACUCAGCCCUCGAAGGGCAGCAUCCAGCUUAAUUUUGGAGGACCCGGCAUCCCAGGCCGACGAACCCUGGCUCAAGCGGCUUCGAUAUACAUGAACUUCACUGGCGGCCAGUAUGACCUCGUCGCGUUCGACCCCAGAGCCACCGGCGGCACAGUAUUUUCCUGCUUCACCGACCCAUUGGCUAAAGCGCAGCACACCUUCAAUGCCGGGGUCGCAAGCACCGCGUCGGAUGUAGCUGAAGGACAGCUCUGGGCUGCGGGCACGGUAUACUCCAACGCUUGUCUUGAGACGCAGGCCAAGAACUCAAGCCUUGUCAAUACCCCUUUUUACGCACGAGAUUUGAUCAGCGUCGUCGACGCGCUCGGCGAAGAUGGCAUGCUGCGCUUCUGGGGUCUGUCUUACGGCACCAUUGUUGCUGCGACAGUCUCAGCCAUGUUUCCGGAGAGGAUUGAUAAAUUGGUGUUUGAUGGCGUGCAGAACCCUCACGAGUACUACUAUGCCCUUGGUGAUUUCGAAGAAUGGACGAACACGGACGAAGUCUUCUCUGCCAUCUUCUCCACCUGCCUCGACUUCCCCGAGAACUGUGCCCUCUCCAAGUACAACAGCUCUGGUGCCGAGCUCGAAAAGAAGUUUUGGGAUUUCCUCGAGACAAUCAAAUACGACCCUCUCGUUCUGGGACCCGCCACGAUCGAUUACUCGACCCUCAAGUUUAUCACUGCCCUCAACCUCUACGACGCAUCAAGCUGGCCAACUUACACAGCGUUCCUCGAUCUCCUCAUGACGCGAUCCAACGAUACACUGGCCUUGCAGACCAUGACGAAAAACGGAUGGCUUACCACCAAAGCCGAAGGCGACGAGGCGAUCUUUCAGAUCCGCUGCGGUGACAGGGUGGCACGAGCUGCCAGUCUCGAAGAGUUCAAGCCUGCGAUUGACAGGCUUACCAACACGAGCCGUGUCUACGGAGAUCUGGUCGUAACUCUCAAUGCUGCUUGCGCGCAGUGGCAGGUCGGCGCCGCCGAAAGACUCGAUUCCGACUUUCACGUCAAGACGAAGAACCCGGUCUUGUUCGUCGGCAAUACCUGGGACGGACACACGCCGCUCGUGUCAGCAAAGAACGUGAGCUCAACGUUCGACGGGAGCGGUCUCUUGGAGAUUCGCGGCUAUGGUCACGGUUCGCAUGUCCUGCCUUCUUCGUGCUCGCUCAAGGCGAUUUCUGCUUACUGGAACGACGGUGUCCUGCCGGAGCCUGGGACGGUAUGCCCGGUGGAAGGGGUGCCUUAUUCAGGAAUCACGUGGGCGGAUGUGUUUGCCGAGGUCGCGAGCAACAAAACAGCCGCCACGUAG